AAACCACACGGAGGGUUUUGUGUAACUGCUCCCCACAAACUAAAACUCGCUAUUCCCCACCAUCCUCAACUCGAUCAAACGCUAGGGUUUUGGCUCCCAGGUUUAGGGUUCCACCCAUCCGCGUCGGCCCCGCUCCCUCCUCCGGGGAGAUGACCCACCCCGCGGCGGCGGCGGCGGCGGCGAGGGCGGCGGCGGAGGGAGGCGCCGCCGCUGUUGCCUCCGCGUGGCGUAUCAUCCCGCGGCCGCUCAUGGAGAGCGUCCUCAACAACCACGCCCUCCACCACCGCGUCCCCCAACCCCUCCUCCUCCAUGGCCCCCGCGGCGUCGGCAAAACCUCCCUCCUCCUCCACCGGCUUCUUCCGGAGUGGAACAAGGGCCCCCACGCCGCCGCAUACGUGGACUUCGCCGCCGACCCCUCCGCCCCCCGCCCCUGGGCCGCCGCCGCCGCCGCCGACCUCGCCGCCCUCCGCGCCCGCCUCGAGCUCGAGCUCGAGUCCCUCGCCCACCGCGCCGUCCACCUCGGCGCCGUCGGCUCCCGCGACGUCUUCGCCGCGCUGAACAAGUGGCACGGCCUCCGCACCGCGCUCCGCCGCGUCGUCGGCCCCGCCCGCCUCUCCAGGCGCGAUGACGACGCCGCCCCCGCGUCCGCGCUCUGGUCCAAGGCCGUGCUCGCGUUAUCGGGCCGGAUCGGCGCUGAGGAGAUCGAAGGAAUAGUCGCCGGCGGCGGCGGCGGCGGCGGCGGCGGCGGCGGCGGCGGUGUGGGGAAGUAUACCAGGGAGGAGGUGGCGUACAUGAAGGAGGCGGCGGUAGCGCUGAGAUUGGCGAAGGAGGUGAUUGAGAUGCAGCAGGAGUGGAGGAGCGAGGCGGUGAGGCAUCUGAAUCGGACAGGAGGAUUCUCGAGGUCUCUCGCGAAUUCGGCCACCGAUUGGCCCUGUCUCCUGCUCGAGAUCCUGUCCGAGGCCGCAGAGGUCGGCUUCUUUCAGCCAAAGUUAAUUUUGAACAACAUUGAUGUCCUGCGGAAGGCGUCCUCGACGGAUGACGUGAUGGUGCCCCCCACAAUGUACCAUGACAGUUUGAUAUGGAGAGUGAUCGCACUCGGUGCAAAUGUGAGGUGCUUGCCAGUUAUUCUCGUAUCUUCGGAUGGUUAUUAUUCUUACCAAGCAUUUGUUGAUUUUGGGUUCCCGGAUAUAUUUAUCUCGCGAGAGACCUUCGGCUGGACUCCUCAGGAAGCUAAGCUGCACAUGGUCUCUGAUUUCUUCAGUGAUCAUGAGUGGAAAGUUAUAGAUGAGGUUCUUGGUCCAAACCAACGGCAACUUUCUGAGCUCUAUAAGCUUAAGCAAAGCAUGAAUUAUCAGGAGGCCUUGCAGUAUGGCGGUAAUAUCUUUGAGGAUAUUGUUGAUGCCUACCUGGCAUAUUUACAGGUGGCUGUGGUGAACCCUGCAAUGGAAUCAGCAUUAGCUAUUAUACAGAAGUUCGCUUCGGACGUGCGCAAGGGAAUAAUUCCGGAAGGCCGAUUAUUUUUUGGUGCUCCUUGGAGACGCCCCCCGCGUUCUGAAGACCCUGAUGCUUCUUUGAAUUGGGCAAAAAUUCAACUAAUGGACUUUGUCCAAUCUUAUAUAAAUACAGAGUUCGGGGUGAAUUAUCUAGCAGAUGAUAGCUUUGAAGUGCUGGAGGAUCCUGCGACAGUCGCCAUGUUGGAGGUUGGUUUACUCUACACCCAGCGAGAUCCGUCCUUUAUUCGCCCAAUAACUCGUGGUAUUCAGAGGUGUCUUGCGAGAUGGCUUGUUCAGCAAAAGAUGCAGAUGAGCCUUCGAGAAUCUGUACAAUAUGGAUGGCAACAAGUGUUCCGUGGCCGGAGCUAUCGCCAUUUGAUGAAGGAGAUCGGCUAUAAGUAGACUAGAAAGGCUGUUUUUUCAAUCAAGAUAUUGUUGUUGAGGACUCUGGUCCUCUCGGGCUCGGAAGCAAAUUGUUUCUGCUUUUCUACCAUCUUUUGACAGCAUUCCGGACACAUUGUGGAACUGUAGAUGGAUCAUCUGUUAUUUACGUUCUGAAUCUAUGUUUAAGAAUCAUCUGUGGAACUUCCUCGGGUUGCCGAAUAAGGAAUUAUACUGGUGGAUUCAAUUAAGCUGAGCAGGUCCCAGAAAAGAGAGAGGGAGAGAACAUGAAGCACUUUCGACGAGUAUAUUUAGUUGAUUUUUUUUGAACUGCUGUUUAUUUGUUGAGAAUCACUUUUGUUGUACUUGGCUAUUGUUUUUCCAGCAGUGUUCUUCAUGCAUUAACAUCAAUGCAAAAAUAUAUUGUGGAAUGAAUCUCCUCUUCGACUGGAAAAUAUUAUGUAAAUCUUUUCCUUUUUUUUUUCCUUAAAAAAGAAAACUUAUUAGUUUCGCCA